AUGUUCAAAAUUUUACUAAUUUUUUCAUACUUGACUAAUAAAAUUAACUGUGUAUAUUUUAAUGAUUAUGAUGAAGUAACAUACAUAAAGAAUUAUUUUACUCAAGAAGAUCGUGACUUCGUUCCUAUAAACACACUUUCUAAGGAUUCUGAAAAAAUCGUCGCUACAAGAAAUAUAAACUGCGAUGAUUUUAAGAACUACGCGCUUAACUGCACAAUCCAAGCGGCGCGCAUAUAUAACUCUAGUAGAAAAGCUCCACCAAUGCCUGCAAAUAUAAGUGAUUGGUGCCGAGCAAUAAAAUAUCUUACAAGUUGCGCUGAGGAUUGGAACGCCGAUUGCAGAGAAGUAACCGAAAGAAAAUUCUACGAGGAAAGCAUUAACGGUCACUUACACGUCGUGAGUAACGUGUGUAUGAAUGAAAGGUUUAUUUCACAAUAUGAGAGAGUGACCCAAUGUAUUGAAAGUACAGAGAGUAACUGGGAAAAUUGUUACUCAGCUUUCAAAAAUGUUGUAGAUGAAAAAAAGAACACAACACGCGAGUGGACACACUACGAAACGCAUUUUUAUUUGUGUUGUGCAAGGGCACGGUUUCGUCUCUGUACAUUGGAGUUGCUUUUUGAAACUCCAACAAAGUGCUCUCAUGACGAAGCUGUUACACUACAGAGAUUCUCAGUGAUAGUUUCUGAGGGAGACGUUUAUCAGGAUUGCGACAUAAACGUUAUGUAUUCAAGCUGUCCAGGAGGGGAUCCACGACCAAACGACAUUUUAAUAUCGAAAUUUGUAAUGCAAGAUGAACUCGAAAAUAUGGCAAACAAAUUAUUCAUGAAAUGGUCUCACUUGCUCGUGUUUGUAUUUAUACAUUUUUGA